CAAUAGUUUAUAUUGAGCUAAACAUCAGAUCAUUUUAUUAGUCAUAAAACGGUAAAUACAGUAAUACUAUAUACAUAAAAAGUUGCAUAAAUGAAAAGGUUGUCUGAUAAAGUUGUUAGCAUCAUCAGAGAAACAAAUGAAGCAGCCGCAACUAAAUCACAAAAAGAGGACAAUCAACGAUCAACUUUUUUAGACAUUCCACUUCUCAAAACAAGUUCUUCGACAUCACUUUUAGAAAAUAAUCCAAGGCUAAACGUUUAUACCCCGGAUGUCCCCCAUCAAAGUAGUUUAUAUUUAAACCCGCUCUUUUCUUAUACGCAAGACAAUAAUAGUAUUUGUAUUCGUGAAAAUAAAAGAAAUCUUUUAUGUGAAAGUAAUAGACAGUUAAAUAAUCCAGAGCAGCUGAGUGAUACGGAUACCGAUUCAGAAGUUGAAGUUUUAAAGUCUUUUAAAUUUUCUUCAAGAAGAAAUACAUAUUCAAAAUUGAUUAACGAAAAGAUUGAAUAUUUUCAAAGAAAACAAUCACUUUCAUUGAUUAAAAAUGCCGCAAAAAAAAAACUAAAAGAGAUUGCAGAAGAACGUCUCAACGCUAAAGAAAUAUUUUCUCGCUACAUAGAAGCCUCAACUUUGCAUGGAUAUGCUUAUGUAUGUUCAGAUACAUUUUACAUACGUAGAGUCUUGUGGGCAGUUUUAAUGUUACUUGGUGGAAUUUAUUUUGUUUUCAAGUUAAAAGUUGGAAUAAUAGAAUACUUUCAAUAUCCCUUUAGCACAUUAUCCACUGAAGAUUUUCCUGAAGUUCUCACUUUCCCUGCAAUUAGUAUUUGUCCAAUAAACAAUUUUAACAUUAGUAGAGUGCAAAACAGCAUUUUAAAACAACUUUAUGAUGCUGAUCGGCUUCCGUUGGAUAAAAAUUGGAUUGAUCCAGGAUUUGAUAUACCUGGGAACGAGCUUGCUGAUAUUUUAAAAAGGAGUUCAUUGCAAAUUGAUAAAAUGCAUUUCUAUUGCGAUUGGAUAAGUAGAAACACUACUCAUCCAUAUAUAGGCCCCAAUCCCUGUGGAAUUGAAAACUUCACAGAAUAUUUUAAUUUUAAAGAUCAACUUUGCUUUACGCUUAACUCAGGGAAAAAAGGUUUUAAUCUAUUGUCAGUAGACCACGAGGGUUUAACGUACGGAUACGAGCUUGGUCUUGAUGUACAUACCAAUGAAAUAAUUAGUAGUUACCCUUACAACGGCAUUAAACUAAUUAUACAUAAUCAACAAGAAUCUCCGGUUAUGAGUGAUGGGUUUGUAAUAUCACCUGGUGAUAGAACAUUCAUAAAAAUGGCAACGGUCGAGAAAAAAAGCUUACAACCACCCUAUUCAACUGAAUGUGGCAGUGUAGAGUUAAAGUAUCAUUCUGUUUACAAUCGGAGAGCAUGUUUACUUGAGUUGCUAACUGAAUAUUUAGGAUUGAAAUGUGGAUGUCGCAGUCUAUAUAUGCCAGAUAAUGGAAUGCAAUAUUGCUCAUUGAAAGAAACAUUUACUUGCAUGUUUCCAGCACAAGAAUCAUUUAAUGAAUAUGAAAUGGGAAAAAGAUGUCCAGUAGAAUGCAACUCAAUAACUUUUAAGCAUGAACUUACUUAUUCUCGGUAUCAACCUCAAUCAGUGUCUGUACCUUUAAUGGAAACAUUAUCAACUAAAAAUAUUACACGUCCAGUUUUAAAGUUAAUGAAAGAAAAAAAUAUGGGUUACAAUGAAAUUAUCAAUUAUAUACGAGAAAACAUCAUUUUUGUCAUCUUCUUUUUUGGAGAUAUGAAAAAAGAAGUUCAUGAACAAGAAGCAACUUUCGAUUUUUAUCAGUUUCUUGGUGAUAUGGGAGGUGAAAUUGGUCUUAUGUUAGGUGCCAGUCUGCUUACGUUUGUCGAAUUUAUGGACUUGCUUAUUUUUUUUGUGUAUCACCAACUAUUGAGAAUUCAAUCUUAGAAUAUUUUAAUUUUUUUUACUUCAUUUUAAAAAAACAUUUUGUUGUCAUUAUUUUCGUUUACUAAUAAUUGCACAGAAUUGUAUUUCAUAUUUAUUGUAUAAUUGUAUGUUAUCAAAUAAUUGUAUUAUUUAUCUGAAUUUUUAUCAUAUAAUUGUAUUAUUUUUAUCAUCGGUAAUUGUACAUCAUUGUUAUUUAAAAAAAAAAACAAAUAAAUUUAUUCAAA